AAAAACUAUGAAAAUCGCGAUCGGAGCUCGCCAGCCUACCCGAAACCCUCGACGAGGCCAAGAAGUCGAGAGGGGUGCUCGCUGGAGAAGGCAAGGGAGCUUGCGUUUCUGUUCGUCUAAAUCACGUAAAUCUGCUGCGGAGUUAAAUCACUGUCAGGUCUUUCAGAAGGAGCUCCCAAGGAGGACAUAAAAAGGGAAUCCAGUGGUUUAGCAGGAAAUGGCAGAUAUAAGAGCAACCACUAGCGGUUUGAUUGAAGAAGUUGGAAGUUCUGGCUGGAUGCCAACUGUUAAUAUGCUGUUUGAUAGUGAAAAUGAUGCAUAUGAUUUCUAUGGUACUUAUGCUGAGAAUGUUGGCUUCUUUGUUCGAAGAUCAACUCUAUGGACGACCUCAAAGAAUAUUGUGACAAGAAGGACCUUUGUUUGCUCAAGAGAGGGUUUUCGUGAGAAGAAAAAGGGGGCCAAGGAAGUGAAGUCUCCACGGCCCGAAACAAGGAUUGGUUGCCAGGCCUGCAUGACAAUCAGGCUUACAACUAAUGGAAAAUACCGUGUGACGGAAUUUGUACCAAAUCAUAACCAUUCUCUUGCGACCGCAACCUCAAUCCAGAUGUUGAAGGCGAAGAAGCUGAGGCGAAAAGCUCGUGCUGCACGAGUUGAUUUGGUGGAUGAUUCAGUGAAGACUCCAGAGUUUGAAACUGAAUAUGAGGCUUAUGAGUUCUAUAACAUGUAUGCUGGAAGGAUGGGUUUCACUGUUCGACGAGCAAGCAUGACAGUAACAGCUGGUGAUGUUAUUACAAGAAGGAUGUUUGUGUGCUCCAAAGAGGGUUUUCGAGAGAGGAAGAAAGGUGCGAAAAGGGUGAAGAAGCCUCGCCCAGAAACAAGAACUGGGUGCCCUGCAUGUAUGAUCAUCAGAAUAGGACCCAGUGGCAAAUAUCAUGUCUCAGAAUUUGUUACCUACCAUAAUCAUCCACUCUCGGCCCCUUUAGCGAAUGAUUUGUUGAUUUCACAAAAUUCAGAAACAGGUGUUCUUGAUGAUGAAUCAGGCAUGACAGAUGUGUUAAUGAUGACCCCGAUGUCCACUGAUAAUUCUGGGAACAUACAAGCUCGAGGUGCUCAGGAUUUCAGCUUGCAUUCUGUUGACAGCAAGUCUUGUUUAAGGUCCAAACUUUCUAAAUCUGUUCUGGUUGGAGACGUAGGAGCAACACUUGAGUAUCUACAAAAGAUGCAAGAUGAAAACCCAUCAUUCUUUUAUGCAGUUCAAGUUGAUGAGAUGGGUAGCUUGAUCAACUUUUUCUGGGCUGAUGCAAAGUCUGUGAUGGAUUUUAAGUACUUUGGUGAUGUGGUUUGUUUUGACUCAACUUAUAAAUAUUUUGGUUAUGGUAGGCCAUUUGCACAGUUUAUUGGUGUGAAUCAUCAUAAGCAAGCCGUUAUUUUUGGUUCUGCAUUAUUGCAUGAUGAAAGCAAAAAAUCAUACAAGUGGUUGUUUGACACUUUCAAGACUGCAAUGAGUGGAAAACAAUCUAAGACGAUUUUGACCGAUCGGAGCGCAUUAAUGACUGAAGCAAUAGCUGAGAUGUGGCCAGGUACCUUUCAUCGAUAUUGCGUGUGGCAUAUUUACCAGAAUGCUCUUGAGCAGCUAACCCAAGCAUUUCAUGGCUCAAAAACUUUAGCCAGUGACUUUAGCCGAUGUCUCUUCGAUUAUGAAGAUGAGGAGGAGUUCCUCAUGGCAUGGAAAACAAUGUUAGAAACUUAUGAUCUCAAAGAUAACCAAUGGUUGGCCAAUCUAUUUGAAGAGAGGGAAAAAUGGGCAUUGGUGUAUGGGCGAGAAGCAUUUUAUGCUGAUAUGAAAAGCGUUCAGCUUAAGGAUAACUUGAGUGGUGAGCUAAAAAAAUAUCUUUCCCCUGAAACAGAGCUUUUAAACUUUUACGAGCAUUACAACAAACUUCUUGAAGAAAGACGAUUUGCAGAACUACAAGCUGAUGCCCAUGCUAGUCAAAGUGCUCGAAAAUUGCCUUCAAUGAGAGUGCUGAGACAAGCUGCAGAUUCCUAUACUCCUGCUGCAUUUAAAAUGUUUGAAAAGGAAUUUGAGCUUUACAUGGAUUGUAUGAUAUAUAGUUGUGGUGAGAUUGGGACAGUAUCAGAGUAUAAGGUAACCAUGGAUGAAAAGCUUAAAGAUCAUUUUGUUAAGUUUGAUUCAUUAGAUGGAAGUAUCACUUGUAGCUGCAAAAAGUUUGAUUUUAUAGGGAUUCCAUGCCAUCACAUGCUAAAGGUACUCGAUUCUAGAAAUAUCAAAGAUCUCCCUCCGGAAUAUGUACUCAAAAGGUGGAGAAAGGAUGCAAAGGUGGUACCUUUUAGUGGCAUCUAUGAUUUUCCUUUUGAUGGGAACCCCCAAACAUUAUCUGCAAAGCGCUACAACUAUUUAUGCCGCAUCUUUAGUAUUGCUGCUUCUAGAGCUUCAAAAUCUUUUGAUACUUGUGUAUUUAUUGAGAACCAAUCAGAUUUGCUUAUGGAGCAAGUUGAGCACAUUUUGAGAGUUCGAUCUAUUGAUAUGCCUUCUCUUAUUACUGCUCCAUGUGAUCGAGCUCAAAACUCGGUUGAAUCCAUUGUUACUGGGGGCUUCCGACAUGACAGGGUCAACCAAGGAAGUUUUGUAGGUGCCAAUGUGAAUGGUUUUCUUGGCUCUCGGCUUUCACACCCAACUAUGUGUUGGGGGCAGUUUCCAGCUGGUCCGCCUGAGCAAUGAGAAGAUGCACAUUUGUAAUAAAUAUUCCGGAUAUUCUGCUUCCAGUGUAAUCCUGAAAACGCUCUUGUUUUGUUGAAACUUAUGUCCAAGAAAACAAGAAGCUCUAGGUUCCCUUGUCUAUAAAAAAUCAAGAUGUUUUAUUUUAUUUAUUUUAUUUUGUAAACUUUCUGGUUUAAUUAGUGAUGUUACCGAAAAUUUGUAUAUAUAUCUGAAAUGCAUUUAAAAUUUAUGAAA